AUGCCGUCCGACGAGAGGUACUUUUCUGAUGCCUCAAAACUACGGACCCCUCUAAGAUCGCAGGUUGACGAUAUUAGUGAUAACAAUAGAUGUUUAUCAUCAGUCGAGUGUCCAGAAAUUGUGCGUGACACGCCUAGAAAUCCUUUAAUCGGGUCUAAUAUUAAGAAAAAUAGCCCAAUUGUAACGGAGCGUGAUUUGGCUCUAGUUUUCCGAGGAAGAAGAUAUCCUAUUCCACCACAAUUUUAUGAUUAUGACGAUGACGACAAUGAAGAUUUUAAAAUCAGGGACAUAAAGCCGCGAAAUCUAUUACCUCUUUUAUUAGCUGAAGCUACAAGUUCAUCACAAUGUGCAGACUCAGUCGAAUCUAACAUAAAGGAAACAAUCAAUGACAAAGAUGAGCCUACAACAAACAUUUCCAUUACUAACGCCACAAAAGCUAAGAGAGGUUCGGACAAUUCCUCUAUGAAACCUAAGAAAAGAUUAGGCCAGUCACGAAAUAAAUGUAUCACUGAUUAUGGUAAAGGUACAAAACAAAAUUGUUCCAAGACAACUAUCACACGAAAAUCCAAAAGAGCGAAGCGUUAA